AUGCUUGGCGCCUCCGACUCCGUCAUCCCGGUCUUCAUCAACUCGUACGCCUCUGUCAACGUCAAGACUCAUGUCCCCAUCGAGCUUGACCUCCGGCUGCCCAACUACAACGAGCUUGACCUCUGGCUGCCCAACUACAAGAAGUGGAUCACCUUCUUCACCGCCAUGUGCGGCAACUGGAUGUACAGCUCCAUCUCCGAUGGCAUUCUUGACCUCGCCAUGGUGCCAGAUCAGACCGUCCACGCCCUCUGCAUGGCCAUCCGUGAUCUGUUCCAGGCGAACCAAGAGUUGCAUGCCGUCAUCCUGCCAGAUCAGACCGCCCACGCCCUCUGCACGACCAUCCGUGAUCUGUUCCAGGCGAACCAGGAGUUGUUGAUAUUGCCCAAUGAUGUCUUUGCGGGUGACCGCAAGUUUGGAGAGACACGGUCGAUUUUUAUCAAUACGCUGGACCCCACACCCACGUGUUGCCGACCACAUCUCCCUCCAUUCCCUUUCCCCUUAUCUCUUUGCACCUUUUCUCCUUCCCGGAUCCAGCACACCUCCUCCAGUGUACCUACUUUCUCCACUCCAGAUCCGGCGCACCUCCGAGCGAGUGGCGCGGCGGCGGCGACGAGCAGCGAGGCGGUGAGCGGCACAGGGACCUCCGAACCGCAGGCGCGCGGGGACGUCGAGCAGCUGCUCUGCCUGGGCCGCCCCGACCGCGCGCUGGCGCGUGCCGAGCACGCCGUCCGGGAGCAGGACGCGCUCGCCGAGCUCGAGGCCUACUGCGGCCUCAUCGCCGAGCAGGCGGCGCUCGUCGACGCGUGCAGGGAGUGCCCCAAGGAGCUGCGGGAGGCGGUGGCGGGACUCGUGUACGCCGCCGCGAGGUGUGGGGACCUGCCGGAGCUGCAGGAGGUCAGGACCAUCCUCGCCGCCAAGUUCGGCAGGGAGUUCGUCUCCGCCGCCUCCGAGCUCCGCAGCGGCUGCGGGGUCAACCCCAAGAUCGUGCAGAAGCUGUCGACCAAGCAGCCGAGCCUCGAGAGCCGCCAGAUGCAGCUCCAGGAGAUUGCUGCGGAGAAAGGGAUCACCGUGCGCGUCUACGAGCCUCCCUGCGAGGGGUCCGGGCGUUCCAACCAUGACCACAGGAAGACGAAGCAGGACGAGGAGAGGAUCAGGACGCCACCAGUUGAUGACCUGGACGAGGAGGCGCGGCGCGGCGGGGCCGGCACCAAGGCGACGCGGCGGAUGGGGGGCGGCGGCGGGGAACGGAGGGGCCGGUAUUUUUUUCUCUCUUUUUUUUAUUUGUUUGAUAAAAAAAUUAACAAAAUUUUUUUUAUCUGAGUUUUUUUAUUUUGGAUGUAAAAGUUUUUUUCUCUUCAAAUUAUUUUCAAUUGAUUUUGUAAAUCUUUCUCUUUCAAUUUUUUUCUCUCUCCAAAAUUCCGCCCUCCAAAAAUUUUUUCUUUGUUUUUUUCUGACUUUUCGCCCUUCAAAAUUUUUCUUUGAUUUUUUUUUGAUUUUUUUAUCAGAAAAUGACAAAAAUUUACCUAAAAAAGAAAAAAACAGAACGGUCGGCAGAUCGACCGUAGGGAGCCCCUCCCUACGGUCAACCGUAAACUAGCGAGACCCGUGAUAUUGCAAGACAAAUCUUUUACGCCUAAUUGGACCAUAAUUAGAUAAUAUUGUGCUAAAGUAAACAACCACUAAUGAUGGAUUAAUUAGACUUAAUAGAUUCAUCUCGUGAUUUUUCGUCCAUCCAUAUAAUUAGUUUUAUAAUUAGAUUAUGUUUAGUCCUUCUAAUCUUUGUUUGAAAAUUGCUAUAGUGAAUUUUGUCCAAAAAUUUUCAUGAUCUAGACUGUUUCUUAGGAAUGAAAUUCAUGCCUUUCAAACA